AUGUCUCCAACUGAGCACAAUGGCCUAUCUCAGCCCUGUCCAGACUUCAGGACCAAGGGCCAGAUGAACGAGAAGGAGCAUUUCCACAUCCUUCCCCAGCUCCAGGUCAAGAGGGCCGACUUCCUCACCGUCAUGCUGACUGGCACCCUUCCUCAGCGGCGAACCUUCGCAGUGGCUCUGCCGGCAGAGAACGAGGUCCAGGAGCCCCAGGGCCCGCGGGACGAUGAUGUGACCAAGAGUGAGUCAAACAGUGAGGCCAGCCAAAAAAGCACAGAGCGGAGCCAGGAUGGAGCCCCUGAUACCCUCAUGGCCGAGGACGGUCCCAGGGGCCCCCGGGAACCCGCCUCUGCCGCAGAUGCCGACCCUGACUUGGAGGACGGCUCCAAGACCCUGGUUCUGUUCUCACCGGGGGAUACCCGGAAGUCUCCAUCCACUGGGGGGGAACACGCCCUGCUGGAGGUUGACUUUGGGACGCCGUCUGCCUCUACCCCUAGGAACGAUAUGCCUCUGGUGGGUGCGGGCAGCCAGCCAGAGCUCUCCUUCACACUGAGGUCGGACUUGAGGCCAUCCACUCCUAUCGCCCCCGCGUCUCCCCCCUUCACCAAAGUCGAGCGCACCUUUGUCCACAUUGCAGAGACUUCCCACUUUAAUGUCAUGUCUUCCAGAGGUCAUACCGCAAAGGAGAGCAGCAACCGCUGCGACCUCUCGGACGUUACCCAGGAGGCCUCACCAUGGAAAGGAGACACCCGUGACCAGACCGGACAUGUCGAACAGGGUAAGCAAUCCCAGAGUCCUUCCAGAGAGCCCCAAGCCCAUUCUAUCCCAGACAUGACCUGGGAGAAUGGUUUCACGCGCACCAAACCGGACGACCGCCCACCGCUGGUCUUCGUCAAGUCCUUGGAGCCUGUCCCGGAAGCCAUGUCGCCCAUUCUGGAACACAAAACUCUCUCUGCAGAUCCCAACAAGGGGCCAUUGUCUACCGAACGUGUUGCCGAGUCCAACGCUGAACUACCGCAUACUGCCCUCAGGCCGAGGAUCAAAAGCCGCAUCCCGGUUCUACUGUCUGAAGAGGACACAGGCUCGGAGCGUUCAGCCUCACUCUCUGCCCGGGCACGACUACGGAAGAGAGCCCGGCAACUGGACCUGGCACGCAUGGUGGUGCAGAAGCAGCAGGGCCGCUGGAUGAGGCUGCCCUCUGGGGACAUCCUCCUCGCUGUCCUCCGGCGACGGGAGGGCCUCCGAGACGCUCUCCACCACCGGCUCGGAGGAAGACACCCACACCUCGGACGAGUCCCUGGCCAGGAGGAGCUCAUGUCUGAAGGCCAGGGCAGGGGCUGGAGGGGACCAGGGCCAGACGGAGUGGCGCAGCAGGAUCCCUAGGCCCGUCACCCCCAUCAAGAGGCCCUCGGGGUGGCUGGUGGCCGCCAUGCCCUCCCCUCUCACGCUGCUAGGAUCGGGCAUUUGUAGAGAUGCAUCCACCUUUGAUAAUGGGUAAGUAGUCUUCACAACAUCAUGUUUGCAAACAUAACAUUAUAACAUUGUAUGGCUCAUUGGUUAUCGCAGUAAUUGCAAAGACCCUUGAUUAUUUUAAUAUAAUUUAUGAAAACACUUCUUUGCGGUGCCAAAUAACGAGAGUUUAGCCAUUGCCAUUUCUGUCAAAGACGGUCUGAUUUCUGUAGUUUAUAACCUAAACUUAAUUUGAUUGGUUGAAAGGUGUCAUGUUACUUUAAAGUUUUGUUAUGAUUUUUGUGAAAACACUUGAAAAUGAUGACUUAUCAAAGGUUUCCGGGGGGAAGGAUGAACUCUUAUUCCACCUAUUCUCAUUUCAGGCUCCAAGUUCAGAAAAUAGGACUGAACACUCUCCCGACCCAGAGGCGGUCUCAACCUCUGCAGACCGGCUCCUCCUCUUCCAUCUCCUGUCCGAGGCCCUGUCCUGUCCCCGCCCAGCCCUGCGGCAGCCCCCGCAUGCCCCUGCGCUGCGUUUUCGUGACCCGACGCAGCCUAAGCACCUCCCACUGCAGGACAGACAGCCCCUCCCCCCAGCGUGUCCGUCCAACUAGACAGUCCCUCUCCGUCCGGCCCACAACUGCCCCUCCGCUCCGGCCCAGGGCUAAUACUACUACUACCACUAUGAAACGGGCCAAUUCACAGGACCCCUUUACCCAGGCGUCCACCGCUAUGCCUGCCAGAAUCCGAGCCAAAUCCACGGGCCCCGCCAAAACGAAACAAAGCACAGGGGACAAGAUGGCUGCCGCGAGAUAG